AUGGCCGGUGAGUUAGGUCAGCCGCAGGCCGGCCCGUCACAUGCUGGGCUCGAUUGGCCGAACCCUGAGAGAAAUCGGGCUGGGGUCCCGGGAGGUGUGAUCCGUAAGGUCGGUUCCCCAGGGCGCAGGUCCUGGAUCCAAAAGAUUCUUGAGCAAAUAACGGACUCACCUCGUCAGUGGGUCACCCCCUCGGAGGUGGUGCCUGUCGCGGUUUUGGCCGUCCAGAGGUACCUGUUAGAGGAUGAGCCACGCGACGUGGAACCUAAACCUCCGCUUUACUGCUAUGAUGUGACGAUCUCGGACGGGGUGUACCAGGAGAAGUGCUACCUGGACCCCAGCCUGAAUUUUCUCGUAUAUAAAAAUAUUCUCAAAGUUGGCAUAGAAAUGAGAAUUUCCAGAGUCUCGUGUAUUUACAACGAGAGAAGAUUAGGCCAGGGGAUCCUGUGCAUAGAUGACGUCCACUGUGGGGAGUCCCUAGACGCUAUUUCUUUAGAAACUCCCUUCAGAAAUAGUGCGCACCGGGAGAUACCGGAGAGGCCUUUAAGGGGCGGGAAGAGUCAUUACCUGGCCCUCUGGAAUAACGAAGAUCCGUAUGGAGAUAUCUGGUUAAACAACAAGUACCCUGAGGAGCACAACUUCAACAAUACCAGAAUAAUUUCCCUUUCUCAUCUUGAAAUGAUCUGGUCUAACAGAAGGACUUUUCCUGCACUGCUUGUGAGAAUCUUGCAUAAAUCAAAACUGCGAUACUAUGGAAAACCCGAUAAAAAGAUGAUUGAGCCUUACCAGACCUUUUUGGAAGUUGCUGACAGUUCAGGCACGGUGUCAGUGAUUAUGUGGAAUGCCCUGUGUCCUGAAUGGUAUAAAAGUUUGCGUGUUGGUUUAGUUCUUCUGCUUCAAGAUUAUUCUGUUAAAAAGAGUUAUCCAUUCAGGAUUCAGCCUCUCCCUGUGGAUCCACAGAUCAAACUAAUUUCUACAAUGGAAAUCUGCCUGAACCUUCGAGAUCCUCCAACUAAUAUAAUGAUCAUUCCAGAAAAGCAGGUGAAACCAGAAUGGAGAUUGCCAAAAUUAAAUUACCGCUUUAUCACAAGAUCAGAGCUGGAUGACAUGCCAGAAAAUCAUAUCUGUGAUGUUGUUGGCAUUUUAGUUUUUGUAGGAAGAGUCCAGCGGUCAAAAAAGAAGGAAAGCCGUGAAGAUUUUUGGUCAUAUCGCUGGAUUCACAUCGCUGAUGGGACUUCAGAACAACCAUUUAUAGUGGAACUGUUUUCUACAUCUCAACCAGAAAUCUUUGAAAAUAUUUACCCAAUGACAUACUUUGUGUGUACACAGUUGAAAGUUGUCCGAAAUGACGCUCAAGUACCUAAACUGCUUUACCUCACCACUACAAAUGAAAGCCGAGUGUUUAUUAAUGGUCAUAGAGGCCAGCCGUAUAUCAACGAUCCCAAGGUAAAAAACUUCAAUCAGUGGGUUAAAGCAAAGACUGAUUCUGGAGAACUGAAGAAUACUGUUAUUGGUGGAUAUUACCCCUAUCCACCAGUGCCAGAGACAUUUUCGAAGUACAGUAGUUCCGUUAAAGUUGAGUCCCUCUUGACAGCUAUAAGUGAAGUGAGGAAGGAGGUUGAAGGCCUGCAGUAUAGGGAACAAAAGCGCAUUGCAAUUCAGGGGAUAAUUACUGGUAUAAAGUAUGUCCCCCAUAACAGUGCAACUGAAAAUGCCUCAGCAUCUGAAACACUACGGAGUGCUAACCAACCCUCAACAUCCCAAGCAAAUAAAAGAGAAGAUCAAAGUCAGGAAAGAGAUGGUAGACAGAAUCAAGAGGAUAGUCCUGUGAGUUCUCAAAGUCUUCAAACUGCAAGUGCAGUUUUUAGCCCUAGCAAGAAGAAAAGAAUUCUGCAAGGGCCAUGUGCCAAACUAAUUCCUGUACCUCAGUCAGAACCUCCUGCACAAACAAAAGGAAAUAAACUAUCCGCGUCAGGCACCUCCCCACACAUAAAUCCAUUUUCACGAGAAAUUAGGAUCAAUUGUAUUCAUCUUAUUGUGUCUUUAACAGGUCGUGAAGGUGCAAGCAGUAGUAACCGAGGGAAAGCCAGAAAAACUAUAAGCGAUAAAUGGGAAAGUCAGAUGUGGAGAGAGAAAAAGUUUGGCUUAAUAGAUCACCUACGUUACAGCCGUAUUUAUCCUGAAAGUAUUCCACGGAAAUUUGUUUCAGAACACCGAAAUUUUCUUGCUCGGCAGUAUAAUUCUCAGCCUGCAAAAUAUGUACCACCAGAAGGAAGGCCCCAGAAACUUGAUGAUUUUAAGAGUGCCCGAAGCCUUGGACAUUUUGAGGUAACCAUCCUAGGUCUGAACCAUGAGAUAGCCAUCGAUGUUGCAUUCCUCCCCAUGUAUUCUCCAGAAGAUUUCCGAGCAUCUCAAAUAGCCACAUUAUUAAGCUGCACGAAUUAUAGCUGUGUGUAUUCACAGGAAGUAACUGGCAGUGACAGAUUGCCAGGUCCAAGAGCACUUGCAGGUGAUAUUAUAAAAGCAGCAAGUAAACUGGAUAGAGCGCAUAUCGUCGCUAUCUUGGAUAUCUGUAGCUUGGGCAACAAUAAAGCAGAAGUCUAUCUGCAUAAAAUUUAUAGACCAGAUAAUACAUCUUAAAAAUUGCCAAAUGAAAUUAUUAAAGAUUAUA